ACCCCAGCUGGAGCUUGCAGUACCGUACACAGACUCCAGCUCCUGCUGCUAUAAUGCUGUAGUUCUCCAGCCCUCCCUGGGCCAUUCCCUGCAGGACGGACAAACAGAUCAGCCUUGAACUGACUCUGAGCUAAGAACAACAUGCCCUUUGUAAAAUAUCCUAGGACUGCAGAGCCUCUCUGGAAUGAAUGGGACAGGAAAGCCCAGAAAAAUGGAUUAAGACACGCUAUUUAUGCUGUAAAUGGGGAUCACUAUACUGGGGAAUGGCUGGACAAUUUAAAACAUGGGAAAGGAACGCAGAUCUGGAAACGCACAGGAGCAAUAUAUAAUGGUGACUGGAAAUUUGGAAAACGAGAUGGAUAUGGAACAUACAGCAUUCCUGAUCCUGUAACUAAAGGAUAUAAGAAAGUGUAUUCAGGCUGGUGGAAAAAUGACAAAAAAUGUGGCUACGGAACUAGAUUUUAUUCAGACACCGAAUAUUAUGAAGGGGAAUGGAGCAAUGGGCAAAGAAGUGGUUGGGGUAGAAUGUACUACAAGGAUGGAUCCAUCUACGAAGGGCAAUGGCUGAAAGACCAGCACAGCGGGCAGGGAAUGCUUCGCCUAUCAAAUGAAAAUCGGUAUGAAGGAACCUGGAAAGAUGGAAAGAAACAUGGUCCAGGAAAGUUUUUCUACUUGGACAAAGGACAGUUGUUUGAAGGUUUCUGGGUUGCAGAUGUGCCAAAGUCUGGCACUAUGAUUGAUUGUGGCAGGGAAGCAGCUCCAGCUCCUACUUGGUAUCCAAUCCCAAAGAUUGAAUUGGCUAAUCCAGAUGGUGUUUUAGAAGAGGUCUGGGCAAUGUUUGAUGACAGCCAAGAAGAUCAAACGGAUGCUGGGAGAUGAGAAUGCAGUCCUUGGUUUCCUCAUUUGGAACAUUGUCCUAGGUCUGUAUAGCAGCAUAUUGGGCUGUGUUCUGUAAAGCAGAGAGAUCUGCAAGCUCACUCUGUUUCCAAACACUUUGCUAGCACCUCCAAACUGUCCGUGUGGACUUCUUUCUGUAUUCAUAUUUCCAAAUGAACUAUUUUGCUUGGGAGUUUGGAAGCUGAAGAGACCUUGUAGGAAGAAAUAAUCCUGCCCACAAAUAUACUGAAGUCAGUGGGUCUCUUUUGAAACAGGAAACCAACUUCUAGGCUGUUUUAAUGCCAUACAAUAUAGUCAAAUAGACUGAAAGCCAAGCACAUGCCCUUUACACUGUCUUCCAGUCGCAAGAAUUUGAGUCACGGCAGAAUCUUGGAAGAUGCCUAUUUUCUGUUCUUCAAGUCACAAACAC